UCUGCUUCGACGAGACGACGGUUGGCACCGAGCGCAACACUCAACGCUCCGAGUGCACCCCGCCACUCCACCCUUCGUGCUUCGACGCUCUUGGUCGCGGUUGAUGUGGAUCGACGAGGAGGGUUCUGGGUUUUGGAGGUCGGUCGGUCGAAUUUUUGCGGCUCUCGGAGCUGCCUCGUUCGUGUCUGAAGAUCGAACCGAGCUCAAAUUGCUUGCUGCAAUUCCUUGAAUUUGGCUUGACCAGGACGACGCAGCGCCUUGAGCCGCCUAGUCUGCGGCCAGUGUAACUUCGUCGACCUCAUGAAUGGAGGGGCGAUUUUCUCAGAGGUCUCUUCAUGAGAUUAGAAACCGACAUUUCUGCCUUUGAUGAUUGUACAGUUACCACCUCUUCGCGCGAAGUUCCUCCCUGCGGUCAUCUCGAUGCACCUUCGGACUGGCUUUUGAAUGGGUCGGCGCAGUGGCUCGUCGGGCUCCCGAGAGAAGCGAUAGAGUGCGCGAGCUGCGUCUACGGGAAUCAAGAGAAUUGGCUGGAUUGGAGAAUUCGGCGAUGGCGAGCGAGAAUACGGAGGAGGAAAUGUUGCAAACGCAGGGGGAAGGCGAGGAGUCCGAUGUGACGGAUUACGAGAAGGCGAGACUGGAGCGGAUCAAGCGCAACCGCGACAUGCUGGCGAACUUGCAGGUCCCAGAGAUUGCGAUCGCUUUGGAGCCCGUGCCGAAGAAACCGAAGUCGCAGACGAGCCGAGGGAAGGAGAAGGUGGACGCCGUGCGCCCCCGAAGGGCGACUCGCCUGAGCACGCGGGCCAAAGCCCCGAUCAGAAUCGUCGACUGGAACACUGACGGCUCCGAGGACGAGGCAGCGUCCGGGUCCGAUUCCGAGGGCGCUUUCGUUCCCAAAGCCUCUGCCAGAAAGAAAGGAAAGGCCACCCCCCGGAAGGAAGCUCGAGAGGAGGAGGAGGAUGAGUUCGCCACGAAGAAGCAAGAUGACGAUGAAUACGAACCCAGUGGAGCUUCCGAGUCGGAGGCGGAGGAGGAGGCCGACGAGCCAGACGACGAUGAAGAAAUCGUACAGCGCUCCAGCAAGAAGGAAGGAAAGAGCAGCCGAUUCUUUGCGAAGAAGGCGAAGAGUGAAAAAUUGAGCUUUCGCCUUCAAGCUCUGUCCAGCCCCGGGGCGUCUUCGAAGGAUGGUGACACGGAUGGCGAGCACCUGGAACUUGAGCAGGCGCUACAAUUAUCUCUGGAGCAGGGUGAUAUCAAAGACGAAUCGCGGGUGACGACCCCUGGUGCAAAAGGCGCCGGGACUUCGAAGCCGAGGAAGAGAAGGGGAGGCAGAGAGUUGAAAUUCACGCAGAGCGAAGUUGAUUCUUAUUUCGCUGCAAUCGCCGGGAGUGAAGUUGGGGCCAUUUCUCUCAAGCUCCUGGAGGAUGCGGCAAUUUCUCAGGACUUUAUUUGGUCAGAACAGGAGCUGCAGGACAUGAUCGAUGUGUUCGAUGAGAAUGACGAUGGUUUCUUAAGCCUUUCAGAGUUUCGGGCCAUGGUGGUUCGCUGUAAGAUGAUGGAAGCGAGCUGAGAUCUAUGGGGAUCACUGUAGGUUUAUUUCUGGCCAAUCUAACCAGCACCUGUUGAUUGACGGGUGUGGUUAAUCCGUGCACAUGGGUCUCUUGGGAUUUUGCAGCAUCUCCCAGGCUGUAGUACAUUUCGAGCCAGGAGACUUGAACCGAAGGAGGAUCGCUAUACUUUGUUGCAUAAACCUUAGCUCACGUUCCCUCUAUCGGUAGAGCAACUGAAGUCCAAGAAGAGCAAGAUAGACUUGCUGAAGACUCAAUUGUCUUCUUGUCAAUUGUUGAUCAAGAAGCAGAGAUGGCGAGAAUUUGUACUUCUUGGGUCUUCGACUCCUACCCAUCCCCGUCGACUUGGGGAAAGCACUUGUAAAUUUGUAAACGUGUCUGACUGGUGAAUGGGGAGCUUCAGAUUUGAUGCAAGACUUGUUCUUGGACUGUGCAAAGCGGAAAUCGAAAGACUUUCCGCUUAAGAAUUCGAUGCGCUGUGCAGCAGGGAUCAGUAAGUAGCUGUGUUGUAAGCUCGGCUGACAUGGCCUAUCAAGUUCAUGCCUCGGAGUAAAAUGGGAUAGUAGAAACCUUGCUGUUCAUGCAAAGGCAGGUAUGUGCAGUCUGGGUUCAUUGUGGGAGCUAAGCUUCUCUGAAAGAGGUGCUAGCGCCAAAUUUCUGUAUACGGUGGAGUACCCCAUGCCUUGGUUCAACUUUGACCUCUGUUUAUGUACGUGGAUAGCAAAAUCAUUGCUCCAGAGGGAGGCAGGGAACAUUGGUGUUCAAGCACUAAAAGCGUGGAACUUGGUGGAACGGAAAAAAUGUAGAUGUUGUCAGAAAUGUCCAGCCUUCCGGUUGGGGAAGCUUCCGACCCUUGAAGUAGCGUUAGCUGACGAAUUGAGAGAAAGGAUCUUGACAGUUGCCAUUUUAUUAGUAACUUACCCUCAAU